AUGGCGACCGCGUCCGCCGCGGCUCCGACGCGCGCGGCGCCGUUCGCGUCGUCCCCGCGCCGCCGCCGGUGCGAUGCGCUUCGCCGCGACCAUCGUCGUCGUCGCCGCGGCAUCAGCGGCGGCGUCGUCGUCGCGUCGGGCGGCGACGGCGGGGAGAAACUCUACGUCCCCGGCGACGCCAUGGGGGGCGACAACUCCCCCGAGCGAGCCGGCGCGGCGACGAUGCGACGCCUCUUCACGCACGUCGCCAUCCGCAUCGUGCAAGGGCAGCUCGAGGGCCUCGGGAACGACGGCGGGUUCGCGCCGCAGGCGACGGGGUGGGACGGCACGGUGCAGUGCCCGGACUACGCGGACCUGCGGCACGCGAUGGAGCACGUGCCGCUCGGGAACGGCGACGAGUGGAUCUCAGGUGCGUUCUAUCUCACACUGGUCCCCGUACGACCGCGUUCGCGUGGUGAACGCCGUUCCUUAAGGACUUUUCCCGGCGCAUCUCUCCGCCCAGGGUCCCUCGUUUUCAAUCCCCGCUCUCGGCGCCUUUCAACUCCGCUUCUGACGCCUAUGAACUCCACCCCGAUAUCAUCGCUUUGUAUGGAAUGGCCCUCAUCAGCGUUCAUGAAGAAGAACCCGGUCGUCGCGCUCAGGGUGCUGGAGACGCGGAAGGCGUACUGCGCGCAGUUCGACUAUCGCGAGCUGAAGCGGUGCGCGGACGAGCUCGUGCUGGGGGGGAACGUGUUGCUCAUGAAGGAGCACAUGGAGAUCAGCAUGGGCGGAGGCGGCGGCGGCGGCGGCGAAUAG